CAAUGACACUACCAUAUUUGUUUAUCAAUGUUAAAUAAAUAGUCAAGAACUUCAAAGCUUGAACUGUAAAUAAACUAGCUUUGUAUAAUAACUUUUUAAAGUAUUUUUAAGCUAAUCUGUGGCCUCGAAUAUACGGGUCAAUGUUUGGCAUAAUUCGGACUCAUGCUUCCAUUAAAUAUGAAAAUAGACAAGAAACUUCUGCCAAUUAAGGGUCAUUUUAUGCUUUAUAAUGCUGGUACAGCUCCACUUAUACCCUAUUUGUCUACAUAUGCAAGACAAUUGGGAUUUUCUUCGACCACUGUUGGCCUAAUCUACACAAUACUACCAAUUUUUAGUCUUUUAGCAACACCAAUUUUUGGUUUCUUAGCAGAUAGGUUUAGAAUACAAAAAUCCAUAUUCAUAUUCUUUCAAAUAGUUAUAAUACUAAGUUUUGCCAGUAUAUAUUUAAUACCUCAAAGUGGAUUAAACCUGACGGUAGAGCUUGAUUGUGGUGAUGGUGCUACAGUACUAAAAAGUUGUUAUAAAAGUGCUAGCGAGAUUGACCAAUGCAGUGUCAUGUCUUUGGGUAGUCAAAACUCAACUACACAAUGCAAGAUGAGCUGUGAUAUGACAUCGCCAAAAAUGUGGCAAACGGUGUGUGAGCAUUGGCAUAUACCAAAAUAUUGUUACAGUCAUACAAAUAAUAUUAAUUAUACAUCUUUCAUUAGUAAUAUUGGUUUGAAAGAGGAUAAGUGUGCUUACAUAUCAACAGACAAUGUGACACUGGAAGGGUACACAUUUAAACCGAGCUGUCGCAUUGGCGGUGGAUUUGUCGAUGUCAACGAACCGUGUACCCUUGACUGUGUGAAUAAGCAACUCUCAAACAUUAUUGGGGAAAAUAAGGCGAAUAUGACAUGUGUAAAUAACACAUUAAAUUAUCGUUUAUGCAAUAAAGAUGUCGGGAACAUGGUAUUUGGUAGUCAAUUGGAUAAAUGUCAGGCUAAUUGUGAGCUUGAUACUUCAGCACCGUGGAAAUUGAUGGAGAUUUGUUUGGGCUGGGGAGCUGACAUCACCGAUGUUUGUAAACCAAAGACACCGGCGGGUGAGCAUUUGCCCAAAACCCUCUCAUUUACUGGCAACAUUCGCUUGUCGUCGAUUGUCACAGAACACAGCUGUGUAUUUAUAAGACUUACGGAUAUUGUUAUGCCUGAUGGAACAGUUCACUAUCCGAAUUGCAUAUCUAAGGCUCAAUAUGAAAUAGAGAUGAACCUAUUCCAUCCACUGUGUGAGAUUGACUGUGAUCAUGCGCAGGUAAACGAGCUUCUCCAAUCGGCAAAAGACAGUACAAGCGAAGAGACCUAUCAGUAUACCAAACAGUUUUGGAUGUUUUUCGUUUUCAUGAUUUUGAACUGGAUUGCGGGUGGAGUUGUUGUUGCAUUUGCUGAUGCUAUAUGUUUCAAUCUACUUGGUAGUAAAAAAAGUUCGUAUGGAAAGCAACGGUUAUGGGGAUCUGUUGGCUUUGGACUACUAUCGCUUAUAAGUGGGAGUCUCAUAGAUUUAUUCAGCGCUGGCGCAUACAAAGACUACACUGUAGCAUUUGUUCUGAUGUUUGUUUUUAUGUGCGGUGAUGUUUUAGUAACGUGUUUUUUGAAGGUAGAAUCUUUGGCAUUCUCUUUAAACAUAUUAUCCGACGUUGGAACUUUAUUCAAAUCUGCACACAAUUGUGUCUUCAUUUUGUGGACAAUAUCUGUCGGGUUAUGUACGGGUUUGCUCUGGCAAUUUUUGUUCUGGCAUAUUGAGGAUGUGGCCAAAUUGACAUGUGACGGGGCGGAUUAUGUGAAGACAUUACAAGGGCUUGUCAGUGCUAUACAGACAUUUGGUGGCGAGAUACCCUUCAUGUUUUUAUCUGGUUAUAUUAUUAAAAAAAUUGGCCACGUGAACACUAUGAGCAUUGUACUCAUUGCUUUUGGCGUGCGUUUCAUACUAUACUCGUUUCUCACCAACGCCUGGUGGGUGUUGCCCAUUGAAGUAUUCCAAGGUGUCACGUUCGGAAUGUUCUAUCCUACAAUGACGUCGUACGCCAGUCUUAUAUCACCACCGGGAACCGAGAAUACCGUCCAAGGCUUUGUCGGCGCCAUAUUUGGUGGUGUUGGUACGUCACUUGGGAGUUUGAUUGGCGGUUACUUGUACCAAACGUAUAAGGGUUGGAACACAUUCCGCUGGUUCGGAUUUGGGGCAGUUAAUGUCGGUGUUCUUCACGUCAUAGCACAGUACUUGCUUAAAGAUAAACCGCAUCUUGAUCAAGGUUAUUCGUCUGUGAUUCACUAUGGGCAUACAAACGAUGCAGUGAAUAUAUUGGACGACGACCCGGAUAUAAUGUAAACUCCACAAUUUAUAUUGAACUUUAUUGUUGAUAGCGUCGCCACUGUCGUUAUAUUUGUUCGUAUUAAAUUUACCAAGUACUUAAUAUAAAAACCAUGAACACUUUAGAUUUGUAACUACAAUACUGUAGAGGAGCAAUGCACUUAUUGUAAUUUCUUACUCGUUUUUUAACGUUUUAUUUAAAACCGUUUUGUAAAGCUUAUAGAUAUUCAACGUUCGAAGACUGACAACCCUAGUUCCUAUAUUUGCUAUUUUACAGAUAUUUAAGGUAUCCAAUCAAUAUUUUAUCUGUGUAACAUCUAAAAGAAGUACUUUGUAUUUUUAAAAUAGUGGCCAGUUACUUAAAUUUCUUUUAAUAUGUGGCGGAUGCCACUUUAUAUACAAAAUUGUAUUUGCUACUUGGUAGAAAGUUUGCCUUUUUUUACGGCCAUAACAAUGAAAUUUUUAUAUUAUAUCUGUGUAUAAUUAUCUGUGUGUACUUUACAAAUGUUCGAAUGUUUUAAUAUACAAACGGAGCCGAAUAUACUUCGAGUUUCGAACUAUAAUCGGCUCCGAACUGACGGCGCAAAAUGUGACAAUUGACAUCGAUGAUUUUAUAAGUUAUGUUAUUUGACCUACCACAAUGACAGCUGCCAGAAAUUUGUAUACCACGGUGAUAUUAGUAAUAGAUAAUAGAACCAAGUUAUCCCCGUUUUCUCAGUAACGUUAUUUACGGGCUAGAAAGGGUAUGGCAUAAUUUUUUUAUGUUCUUGCAGUACUUAAUAGUAAUAUAUAUUUUUAUAAGUGGGGUUUUGUUGGUUGGACGUGUUUGUUAUUUAAGAUGAGAAAUUUUAUUAUGUGAAUAAAUUAUGUUUGAGAUA